AUGUGCAAGUGGGAUAGGACUCGAGACCACGCGGUUGUUUUUGAGUCAUCAGUAUAUAAGGUAUUAGGUGUCGAUGUGAGCGAGAUGGACCAUACUCUAUUGGAUAAGGAGAACCAGGAGAUGUGCCAAUUUCAUAGAGGAGAUUUGAGUAAAAAUGGAAAAUGCGACGAGCUUGUGAGGAUCUGUGUCGAUCGAUUUGGCGACACUACUGACAUUCUGGCCAAUAUAGCUGGUGUGAUAGACUCGAUGACCUCAGCGGACAAGGUCACGGAUGGUGAUUGGGAUCGUAUCAUUGCAAUCAAUCUCACGGCUCCUACGAAACUAAUCAGGGCUGUUCUACCUUUCAUGAGGGCUAAGAAGAAUGGUGUCAUUGUAAAUUUAUGUAGUAAAGCUGCAUUGAGUGUUGCUGCUGCAGGAAUUGCUUAUACAGCUUCUAAGCAUGGAUUGCUGAGUGUGACCAAGAAUACUGCAUUCAGAUUUAGGGAUGAGGGUAUCAGAUGCAAUGCCAUUUGUCCCGGAGGCGUAAUGACCAACAUGGUCAAGUCGAUGAACAGAGAAACCAUGGACCAAGAAGCGGCCGCUGUAUGGGAGCCGGUUCUCGCUUCGCACAUUAAGCCUGGCGAAAUGCCCAAUGUGGCUGUUUCAGCAAUUGCUGAGGCAAUCUAG